AUGGCAGACACCAAGGAACUCAAACUACGCAGAGUUAUCGGGUAUAAUGGAACGUACCCCGAUACGCUCAUUUACACCACGGACGGCAAAUAUCUCAUCUAUUCGCUCGGGUUGGCUGUUGUCGUGAAGGACAUUAAACGCAACACGCAGUGCUUCUUACGUGGCCACACGGAUGUGAUCACGUGUUUGGCUAUCUCGAAUGAUGGGUCAAAGCUCGCUUCGGGACAGCAGAGCAAAAGUCGCGGAAGCAAAGCCCCCAUUAUUGUGUGGGACCUCGCAGAAGCUACCAAACGCCUUGCUGGAUCCGCGAACGGAGGUGACAGUGAUCGUGACGACAGCUUUGUGGCAUUUCGUCUUGUGCUGCAUAUGGGUAAGGUACAGGCCUUGACUUUCUCGGCAAAAGACAGCUUCCUCUUCACAGUAGGUGGCCAAGAUGACAAUGCACUGGUGUGCUGGAAUAUGGAGACUGGGGAGCCCAUAUGUGGCACCCCGUCGGGAGACGACUCGACACUUACAGUCGCUGCGUUUAACCGCGAAGCCAACGACGAGUUACUCGUUACAGGCGGGAAUUACAGCAUCACUGUUUGGCGUGUAGAAUUGAAGCAACGCAAGUUCCACGCGCUACGUGCCAAUCUGGGGAACCUCAAACGUAUCGUCACGUGUAUCGGUGUAUCCCCAGACGACAAAGUGGCGUAUUGUGGCACCAAGACGGGAGAUUUACUUGAAAUCUUGCUAGACUGCGACUUAGCCAAACCUAACUGUAUAUUCCCUCCCGUGGGAACUCUCAAGCCUCGGUACAGUCGUACAACUAAAGAACGUUUCAGCCAAGGUAUCAUCACGAUUGUUGUUCAUGAUAAUGAAGAGAACCGACGUUUUGUGCUGCUUGGCGCUGGAGAUGGGAAUCUUGCUGUUCUUAAGCUUGGGCCUGCAACCGCAGCGUCGGAUGGCUCUAAAACCAAACCUAUUACUACGGCUUGUAUGGAGAAACUUAUGGGUGGGAUCACAGCGUUAAGUGAGGGAAAACACGGCGAUUUUUACGCGGGAACCAACCACUCCAACAUGUACCAGUUCCAGCUGGACGAGCCUACUUCUAGUGGCUCGAACAACCGGCCUGCUAGUGCAAAUGCCAGUACUACUGGACUGAAAGUGGUAUUGCGCUCUACUUGCCAUUACAGUUGCAUCAACGAUGUCGUGUUCCCCAGUUCCACUACACGUAGUCCCGCAGACAACUCGCACUUGUUCUUAACAUGCGCUAAAACUGAUAUCCGCAUUUGGAACGCUCGACGUUGCCAGGAAAUUCUACGUGUGCAAGUGCCUAAUCUAGUGUGCAACUGCCUGGAACUUACAUGUGACGGCGGACUCAUAGUGAGUGGCUGGGAUGACGGUAAAGUGCGAGCUUUUUACCCUGAAAGUGGCAAGCUAAAGUUCGUCAUUCAAGACGCUCAUAACGAGUCUGUGACGGCCAUAGCGAUGUGCACACCGUCCUCCUCUGCGUCGACUUUUUCUUCAUCUGGCGAGUGGAGACUAUUGACUGGAGGCAAGGACGGACGUGUGCGUGUGUGGCGCAUCACUCCGUCCAGACAGACAAUGGAAGCGUCUUUAAAAGAGCACCGUGGUCCUGUGAAUGCUAUUCAAGUAACACAGGACUGUACCGCCUGUGUGAGCGCGUCUUCGGACGGCUCUUGUAUUGUCUGGAACCUCGAGACGUUCGUGCGAACUCAAGCCAUGUUUGCCUCCACUGUGUUCCGUCGAGUGCUGUAUCAUCCGGACGAGAGUCAAUUGCUCACCUGCGGUUCGGACAGACGCAUCACGUACUUUGACGCGUACGAUGGAGAAGCGAUCCGGUUCCUGGAAGAAGCUGCGGACCAUGAAAUGCUGGCUAUGGACAUCGAGCACAGCGGGACACUAUUCGCGACGGGUGGACGCGACGGAAUGCUCAGACUCUGGCACUAUGACAAUGGUGAGACGGUUGCAAUUGGUCGAGGUCACAGUGAGGCUAUCAACGCUGUCAAGAUCUCGCCCGAUCGAAAGGAGAUUGUCACUGUCGGCUCCGAAGGCGCCGUCAUGAUCUGGGAAAUGGGAGAUUUGCUUGAGCAAACGCAGGGUUAAGUUCGGGUAGUCUGCUCUGGCUGCGUAUUCCUUGAUCUUUCGAAAUGUAUUGGCAUUGAU